AUGUUGGCUUCGAAGUCUCCAUACGCUGCCAACAUCGGAACUACGCAGCAGAUACCCGUCCGCAACUUCUCCGAGUCCUCGGUCAGGACGCAGUUGACCUCGAUGGCUUUACAAGACGGCCUCUUCACCUCUCCAACCGAUUCCGAUUUCUCUGAUGUCUACGACGGGCUGGACUCGAUCCGGGCUUGGGACGAGAAGAAAGUAGGAGAAUGGUUACACUCGAUCCGCUGCGGUCAAUAUGAAGCCUUAUUCAAGGCCAACAACUUCACAGGCGAGAGUCUCCUGGAAUGUGACCAGAAGAUUUUAUCGGAGAUGGGCAUCAAGAAGAUUGGUGACCGUGUUCGAAUAAAUGUUGCUAUCAAACAGCUACGAAACAAAUCGUCAUUGUUACGAUCAAGGAGGAACCGAGACUCGCUGGCGAUCCUCGAUGGCUUUGCUGGCACUCCUUCUUCGUCAGACUCACCACGAACCCAUGGCUCCAAGUCACACAAUGGUAGCGGCAAACGAUUCUCCCGCCAAUUCGACUCUUCGGCUCUACAAAAUUUCAAUUCGGCUGGUACCGGUUUUAAGGUGGGAUCGAGACCCAACUCCCCCUUGGCUGAUGUUCACAGUGCAGGGGCAAGGCCCCUGCGCUAUGCUCAGAGCCCAAUGGACGGCGCGAGGAAUACUUCUGGUGGAGGAUAUUUCAGCCAGCCAGGUUCAGCCAGUUCCACGUCUGGUAGACGGCCCGAGACACCACAACUUGCCGCGCACACAACGCGUGCGGCUCACCUCCGGCAGAACUCCAGCAUCGACGGCCUGACACCGGGCGGGCUACCAACGGGCUCUCCAGUCAUCAAGAUCAUCCAUAAUGGCGGACAAACAAAAGUUGUGAACAUCAAAUUCUGCCGGACGGCCGACGACGUGACAUCGACUGUCCUCAAGAAGCUACAUCUACCUGAAACCCACUUCCGCAAUUAUUGCUUUUAUGUCCUCAAUGGCUUGGAGCCUGAUCUUGCGAAUUGUCGGCGGGUAAGCGACAGUGAGCUGAUGAGGAUCUGCAAUGAGUCAACGCGCUCAGAGAGGAACAGGCUGAUCCUAAGGAAAAUCAACGAUGGGCCUCCUGACAUGGAUGAAUUACAGAAGGCUUCAAAGAUAGCUGCUGACGAAUCCCAAGUUUUGCACAGCACGGCAAUCAGCACUAACAAUAUGCGCAAUCAGAUCAAGCUUCAGAAACUCACAGGCGAGUCCUGGCACAACAUCCAAGUCCCUAUCUCGCCAGUCACAACGACAGACAGAAACCGGAACAUCAUCGCCACAGCAGAUGAACAUGACCGUCAAGAAGCACAGCAAAAUCUCCGAGUCCCGAACAACCAAGAGCCCCGAAUGCGGACCUUCUACGGUGCUCGACCUCCAAGUGAGAUGAUCGUACAGGAGCUGACGUCCUACUUUCCCGGUCAUCAGCGCGAGGAUAUUGAAAAGACAAUGAGGCUGUCGAUGCGACGGUCACAGCGCAUGAGUCGCGCACAAAGUCGCCUGAGUGUUAUGAGCAAUCUGAGCAUGGCGUCGAGCCUGAAAGAUGCCCCCCCUGUACCUAGCAUCCCCAGCAUUGCUGAUUCCUGGCUCGCCCAAAGUGGUCUGAAUCCCCGGGUACCCACGGCAAGACCCCUAUCUGUCGUCUCGAACAGGUUCAAUCUGCCUAGCCAGUCAUACAGGGAUUCAAUAGCCUCGUCAACCCUGCAGCCAUUGCAAGAAGAGUCUCCUGUCGAGCCGAACAGGAAGUCUUACGUGUCCUUUGACAGUGGUUCCGACACAGCUGCCAACAAUGACGCGUCACGAACCAGCUACUUCGAUGAGAGUCCUGCGGGCACAUUGAACAACGACAGCUUCAACGAACGUCUCUCGGUCAUUGUUGCUGAAGAUGGCGAGGAAGAAGAUCAAGCUCUCAAUUCGUUCCUGCAGGGCAACAGCUUUGACAAGAGCAAUUGGAUGAAGGGUGACCUUAUUGGUGAAGGGUCAUUCGGCAGCGUUUACCUAGCACUCCAUGCAAUUACAGGUGAACUAAUGGCCGUUAAGCAGGUGGAGUUGCCCAAUGUGGCCAAGGGCACUGAAAGCGACAAGAAGAAGACCGCCAUGAUUGCGGCUCUGAAGCAAGAAAUCACUCUCUUGCAAGGCUUACGACAUCCUCACAUCGUGCAAUACCUGGGCACAUCGUCGGAUGAAGAGCACCUCAACAUCUUCCUUGAGUAUGUCCCUGGUGGCUCGAUUGCUGGCAUGCUGAAGCAGUACAAUACCUUUCAAGAAGCCCUGGUCCGGAACUUCACCCGCCAAAUCCUCGAAGGACUCUCUUACCUCCACGCUCGCAAUAUCAUACACCGCGACAUCAAGGGUGCCAACAUACUCGUCGACAACCGUGGUGCGGUCAAGAUCUCCGAUUUUGGCGUCUCUAAAAAGACCAACUUCAAUGGCAUGAAUUCCGCUCCUGGCACACGAACGUCGUUGCAGGGCAGUGUUUUCUGGAUGGCUCCUGAAGUCGUCCGCCAAUCCGGACAGUCGUUGAAAUCCGAUAUCUGGUCCGUGGGCUGUCUGGUGGUUGAAAUGUUCACUGGUUCUCGGCCUUUCCCGUCAAUGACGACUUUGCAGACGUUGUUCGCCGUUGGCAGUAAUAACGAGAAACCCACAAUUCCCGAGGUCGCCAGCGAGGAUGCUAAGCGGUUCAUGAACAAGACAUUCGAGGCGGACCAUGAGAAAAGACCGGGUGCGGAUGAAUUGCUGAAGGAGAAGUUCUUGUUACCCAUGGCAUGA